CAUUAAGUUCCUCUCUGCUGGAGUGCACUGCUAUAAAAACAUGUCUUCGGUGCCCUGGAAAUCUUCAGCUUUUCUUUCCUUUCUGUUUUUCCUGCCAGCUGUUCACAUGAAUCCGAUACCUCCCCUCAAUACAAGCAACGGAAACAGAUAUAAUGUGGUCAUGGUGAUGAGUGAUGCAUUUGAUGGAAGACUGACAAUUGCUACAGAAAAUCCUCUGGUGGAUCUUCCCAACUUAAACUUUUUAAAACAGCAUGGGGCAGUGUUCCUGAAUGCUUAUACAAACUCGCCAAUUUGCUGUCCUUCCCGUGCAGCCAUGUGGAGCGGUCUAUUCCCUCACCUAACAGAAUCCUGGAAUAACUACAAGUGUCUAGAUCCAGAUUACCCAACAUGGAUGGACCUUGUAAAAGAAAAGGGAUAUGUCACUCAGAAGUUUGGCAAACAAGACUACAAAAGUGGAUCUCAUUCACUGAGUAAUCGUGUGGAAGCCUGGACCAGGGAUGUGCCAUUCCUUCUUAGACAGGAAGGCAGACCCAUGGCUUCUCUUAUUGCCAACAAGACUCAAACUCGCAUUAUGCAGGAAGACUGGAAAAAUGCAGAUCUAGCCACCAGCUGGUUAAGUCAACAGGCAGCAAACUCUUCACAACCGUUCUUUCUAUAUUUGGGCUUAAACUUGCCGCAUCCAUAUCCUUCAGUAAUCAUGGGAGAGAAUUUUGGCUCAUCUACAUUUCUAACUUCUCCUUACUGGCUUCAGAAGGUUUCAUAUAAGGACGUUGCUAUUCCCAAAUGGUUACCGUUAAGAGCUAUGCAUCCAGUGGAUUACUAUUCAUCUUAUACCAAAAAUUGCACAAGCAACUUUACAAUUCAGGAGAUUUGCGAUAUAAGAGCUUAUUAUUAUGCAAUGUGUGCAGAGACAGAUGGUAUAAUGGGUGAAAUCCUUUCAGCCUUAUCAGAUACUGGAUUGCUAAAUACAACAUAUGUUUUGUUUACAUCGGACCAUGGGGAGCUUGCAAUGGAACAUAGGCAAUUUUAUAAGAUGAGCAUGUACGAAGGAAGCUCUCAUGUACCACUUCUAAUAAUGGGACCCAACAUUCAACAUGGAAAGAGGGUAUCAAAUAUUGUGUCUCUUGUAGACCUUUACCCCACAAUGCUUGAAAUUGCUGGAGUUUCUACACCUCACCGCAUAAGUGGCUUUUCUCUGUUGCCAUUGCUGUAUGUAAACUCCAACAAUGAUAUAAUAUCAGGCCAUGAGUUACAUCCUAACUGGGCUCUGAGUCAGUUUCAUGGAUCGGAUGCAAAUGCUUCAACCUACAUGCUGCGUGUGAAUGACUGGAAGUUUAUUGCAUACUCUGAUGGUGAUUCAGUUCCACCACAGCUGUUUGAUUUAACAAAGGACCGAGAUGAACUUGACAAUGUUGCUGCCCAGUUUCCUGAGAUUGUCUGUUCUAUGGAGAAGAAGCUCCGAUCUAUUGUAGACUAUAAGCAAGUCUCUUCUGUGGUGCACCAGUACAAUAAGCAAUCAUUUGCCAACUGGAAAGAAAGUGUGGGAAGUAAUUACACAAAUGUCAUUUCUAACUUGAGAUGGCAUUUGGAUUGGAGCUUGAGACCCAAGGCCUAUGAACUAGCAAUUGAGAGAUGGCUAAAGAAUAAAAGAAAUGGUAUUUCCAAAAGUACAGGCGGCAUGUCACGUAAAAUAUUUCCUGCAAAGAGAAACAAACACUGUAUAAAAAUAAACAUGUUGCAAUAAUAUUUAUUAUACAAUAGAACA